CUCCUCCAUUACUAUCCCCUAUUAGAACAUUAGGGACCAGUAGGAGACACAAGCUCCGGCAGCUCCCACACCGCACACUUCUAUCGGGACAACAGUUGGGACUUUUGUCAGCUCUGAGUAGUCACCUUUGUCGGGACAUUUGCUGAGCCAAGAACCGGGACCCAGUCUUAGCGGAUCUGCCAAGUGAAGGGUCAGAUGGGGUCCGAUGUGCGGGACAUGAACACCCUCCUACCUCCAGUCUCCUCUCUGGCCGGGAACAGCAGCUGCAGCGUGCCGGUGAACAGCAGCGCCCAGUGGGCCCCGGUGCUGGACUUUCCCCCGGGGAACCCGUACACCUCCCUCGCCCCUCACUCGUUCAUCAAGCAGGAGCCUACCUGGAACCCGGACCUGCAUGAGGAGCAAUGCCUGAGCGCCUUCACCGUACACUUCUCUGGACAGUUCACCGGAACGGCGGGGGCAUGCAGGUACGGAGCCUUCGGGGCGCCACCCCCCAGCCAAACCACCACGGGGCAGCCUCGGAUGUUCCCCAAUACCCCCUACCUGUCCAACUGCCUGGAGAACCAGCAGGGCAUCAGGAACCAAGGUUACAGCGCAGUGGCAUUUGAUGGAACUCCGAGUUAUGGACAUACCCCGUCUCACCAUACGGCACAGUUCCCUAACCACUCCUUCAAACAUGAAGAUCCCAUCACCCAGCAAUCCUCUCUCGGAGACCAGCAGUAUUCUGUCCCCCCACCAGUGUACGGCUGUCACACCCCUACUGACAGCUGUACCGGCAGCCAAGCGCUCCUACUGAGAUCCCCAUACAACAGUGACAAUCUGUACCAGAUGACCUCGCAGCUAGAAUGCAUGACAUGGAACCAGAUGAAUCUGAGUUCUUCACUGAAAGGCCACGGGACAACCUAUGAAAAUGACAGUCACAGCGCACCCAUGUUGUACAGCUGUGGGGGUCAGUACCGGAUACACACACAUGGCGUGUUCAGAGGCUUACAAGAUGUAAGGCGUGUUCCUGGUGUGACCCCAGCUAUAGUCCGGUCAUCAACAGAAACCAAUGAAAAGAGGCCUUUUAUGUGUGCAUACCCGGGAUGCAACAAAAGAUACUUCAAACUGUCCCAUCUUCAGAUGCAUAGUAGAAAGCACACAGGUGAGAAACCUUAUCAGUGUGAUUUUAAAGACUGUGAGAGGAGGUUUUCUCGCUCGGACCAACUUAAGAGACAUCAAAGACGACACACAGGUGUGAAACCUUUCCAGUGUAAAACUUGCCAGAGAAAGUUCUCGCGGUCCGACCAUCUAAAGACCCAUACCAGGACUCAUACAGGUAAAACAAGUGAAAAGCCUUUCAGUUGUAGAUGGCCUAGCUGUCAGAAGAAGUUUGCCAGGUCAGAUGAGCUGGUCCGUCAUCACAACAUGCACCAGAGAAAUAUGACCAAGCUACAACUGGCUCUUUAGGUGACGGGGCCCCUGUGGACUUAAACCUCUACUAUAUUAUACAUAAAGCUUCCAACACAACCAACUGGAGGACUCCUGGCAUGUUACAGGAGAAGUGGGAUUCUGUACAGCCGUUGUACGAGAGAUGGGUUGUAGAGAAAGUUCUGCUGAAUAGUGGGACAGAUUCUCUAUUGAAUGGCUGUGUUUGGCCUCGUUAUUUCUGUGCUGUUUGUUAAUUAUUUAACCGGUGAGGGUAUGGUGCUGUAUGCAGCAUGAAAAACAAAUGUGUAUUGGUUGUCUCAUGUCAUGGUGUGAUAUCAAAGCCACCACUUUUCCUAGUGAAUUAUAAAACAUUGAUACUGUUCAUAAGUUCAACUGCAGAGGCUUCACUUAACACAAUGGUAAUAAUAAAAGGAAAAAGACUGUAGCACCUUGAACUGUACAAAA